AUGGCGACAAAGCAGCAGGUUCAGACCACAUACGAAGCGGCCCGGACGAUAGAACCAAUCUAUACUGGUGGAGAUAUUUCUGCGAAUGCGACAGGAUCGAUCAUCGCGACAAUCGUCGAGGAGGAUGUCUUGAUAGUCAACACUACCAGCAGCCGGUCAAUAUGUCGAAUAGAGGGCGAUGGCGAGGCUGUCACGAGCCUGUGUCUGGCUCCGAAUGGAGCAUACUUGGCGAUCUGCUCCCGGUCACUGAGCAUGCGGAUCUUCUCACUGGAUGUGAACGAAGAAGCGACUGUCGCCACUGCGAUACUAUCAAGGACGCUCAAACCACACAAUACGCCAGUUGUGUCAUCUGCAAUCGACUCAGCAUCGGUUCUGCUUGCUACCGGUGGCGCUGACGGCACUGUGAAGAUAUGGGACCUACGAGGUGGAUAUGCGACACACAAUUUGCAUGCACAUGGUGGUGUUGUGUCUGCUUUGCACUUCUUCCAAGCACGAGUACCUGAGAAGAAAAACAAGAAGGUGGUUGCUAACGGAUCCGCUGGACCUGCAACUGUACUAGCCACUGCCAGCGAAGAGGGCGACCUGAAAAUAUGGAACUUGGCAACAUCGAAGAGCUUCGUCUCGUUAGAAGCACAUGCUAGUGUCAUUAGAUCACUGGACUCUUCAACGAAGAACAAUUUGCUACUCUCGGCGAGUAGAGACAAAACGAUCAUACUGUGGGACACCCAAACAUGGUCACAACGAAGAAUCAUCCCAACUUUCGAAGUAUUGGAAGCCGCUGGCAUUGUAUUGGAAGGUCGAUAUUGCUAUGGCGCCGGCGAGAAUGGUCAAUUGAGAAUAUGGGACCUAAUCAGUGGUUCAGAAGUGACCAAGCGCAAGGAAGCUGGUCUAGAGACUGAGGCUAUCGUGGCAGCUGUGGCGCUGACAGCAGAGUUACUAAUCAUGACGAUCCACCAAGAUCAAACGCUGAAGUUCCAUUCAAUGUCCUCCUUAGCUCAAACAGACAAAGUCGAGACGCUAAAGUCAUUACCUAUCGUGCGGAGGAAGACCGCCAACCUCGACGAGGUCAUCGACAUGGCCUGCGUAGGUCCAGAAAGAACAGUGAUGGCCUUGGCAAUCAACACCGAAAGCGUCAAAAUGUUGUCAAUACAAGGAGACGAUGUCCACAACGCAUUUGGUAGCGAUGUGGGCUCCCUUGAAGGCCACAAGGAUAUCAUCAUUUGUCUAGACGUAGACUGGUCAGGCCAUUGGCUCGUCACUGGAGCAAAAGACAACACUGCUCGGCUAUGGAGACUAGAUCCCGCAAGAUCGUCAUAUGAGUGCGCAGCAAUAUUUGAAGGCCAUGCUGAGUCCAUUGGCGCUGUCUCGCUACCAAAGAGCGCACCCGUCGGCAAAGCUGCAAACGAUCCGCUCAAUUACUUCCCAGCCUUCAUGAUCACAGGCUCAACGGACAAGACUAUCAAGCGAUGGGAUCUGUCGAAGCUCAAGCCUUCGCUCAUCGGAAGCGAGGUCCAAGCUGGCGCAAGAGCAAUCUUCACAAGAGUAGCGCACGAGAAGGAUAUUAAUGCAAUCGAUUCGUCACCAAGCGCGCCAUUGUUUGCUUCGGCGUCGCAAGAUCGAACAAUCAAGGUCUGGUCACUCGAGGACGGCUCGGUCACCGGCAUACUUCGUGGUCACAAGCGGGGAGUAUGGUCAGUGAAGUUCUCGCCGGCAGGCGCGGCAGCAAUCAGUCUCUCUGAGGGCGGCUCAAGCUCAUCUCGAGGUCUUCUGCUAAGCGGUUCUGGUGACAAGACUGUCAAAGUCUGGUCGCUCUCGACAUACACCUGCCUGCUCACCCUCGAAGGCCACAGUAAUUCGGUUCUUAAGGUGAUCUGGCUUCCUCAGACACCGUACUCCAACGAAGACAACGACGAAGCUGCACACUCCCGCCACGCCCGACCGAAGAACCAACCUUACAUCGCUUCCGCGUCAGCCGACACACUCAUCAAGCUAUGGGAUCCUUACGCGGCCUCAGACUCCGAUCACCUCCUCACGACUCUUGAUAAUCAUAGUGACCGCGUAUGGGCGCUCGCCAGCCCCAUAGCCACCUCUUCCACAAGUUCAACGUCAUUUGCCAGCACGCCACCCUUCCCCCUGAUAUCCGGCGCAGCCGACGCAACCCUGACCUUCUGGCGGGACACCACAACCCAAACCACCACCAUCGCCACUCAGCGCGCCACAGAGCGCAUCGAGCAAGACCAGCUCCUCCAGAACCAUAUUCAUGCCAAAAACUACCGCGAGGUCAUUACUCUAUCCCUCGCACUCAACCACCCCGGCCGCCUCCUGCGUGUGUUCCAGGACGUCAUUGCCCUCCCCACUACCCAACAAGAGCAAGGCACCAUAAUGGGCGUCAGCGCCGUUGACGAUGUUCUCUCUAGUCUAGACGCCCACCAGGUGUAUCAGCUGCUAGAGCGGGUGAGAGACUGGAACACGAACGCGCGAACGAGUCCGGUUGCGCAGAGGGUGCUAGGGGUGGUGCUGCGGAGCUAUGAUGCGGACUUCUUCUUGGAGAUGGCGAGGGAUAGGAGAUUGAAGGGUGUGAGGGAGCUGUUGAGGGCGUUGGAGGUGUACACGGACAGGCAUUAUAAGAGGUUGGAGGAGUUGGUGGACGAGAGUUAUUUGCUGGAGUAUACGUUGAGGGAGAUGGGGGAGGUGGCGGGGACGAAUGGGGUGAACGGGCACGGGGUGGGAGGGGCGAAUGGAGGGGAUAUGGUUAUGACUUGA